UCUGUCUUUGUACGGUACGUCUUUGUCUUUGAGGAGUUGUCAUUUCUUUUUAUGUUCGUUGUAAUUGAUAGCAAAUUUUUUGUAUAAAAAAAAUUUAGACAUUCAAGCUUUAACAUAUUUGAUGAAUCAAGCCGAACCAAUCUUUUGGGACUUGGCACCAACAGAUGCUUGGUGUUCCAGAUGGAAAUCUACAAAGCAGUUUAAAAGGUCAAAUGCUCACAAGUUUGAAAGGUCAAAUGCUAAAAGAAUUUUAAAAAUAGUUUCACCUCCCAAGUAUAUGCCUUUGAAUAAACCAGAUGUCGAUAUUAAAAAAAUGACCGGGGACGCGCGAAGCAAAAAGCGUACCGAGGAAUUUAAGGAUAAGGAAGAACGCAGGAAGUCGACGAGUGGAUCGCAGAGUAGUGAUUCUGACGAUGGUAACGGUCGAUGCAUGUCGAAGAAUGUUAUAGUGGCUAGAGAAAAUAGAGAAAAAAAGAAAAAGUAUUUGAAAGAUUUAAAAGAGUCGUGCGUCAGUUUUGCUUCCGAAAUCGGUAGCUUAAAGGCCGAGAAUGCCACGUUACGAGAAGAAAAUAAAAAUUUACAUGAACAAGUUGAAUAUUUAAAAAAUGUUAUAGCAAAUUCGGAACAACUUGGAAUUUUGAUAAAAGGAGUUCGGACUAUUCCAGGAUUAAAGUGGAAUUCUCCCGUUAAGAGAAAAGAAAGCGGAGAUUCGUCUAAUAACUUAACAGUACAUAAAAAACAAAAGUUAAAUGUAGAUUGUGAUGAUGCUUGAAAUGUCAUUGAGGAAAAAACCUUCGUAUUGGAGAGGAAGAACACCGGUUACAGACAGUGAAUUGAGGUAAUUUGUGCACCAAUGGUAUACCUGAAAAUAUAAAGUCAAAGAAUAAAAAUAGUUAUACUUUUUGUUAAAAUAUGGCCAUUUUAAUUGAUUAAAUAUUUUAUUCACGUAUAACAUUUUAUUGAGGUGUAUGUUGACCUUACUAAUUACAUUAGAGAGAUUUUUUGAAAUGAGAAUUUUGUAUUUGAUAUUUGUCAGUGAAGCUACCUAAAUGAAAUGAUUUAAAAACAAUAGAGUAUGGAGUAAAAUGAUUAACUUGAAAAUUUC